AUGCUUUGCAAAUUCAGACUGCGAUCCUUAAUGGCCUCUAUGGUACUCCUCCUUGUGGUGCUCACCACCUUGACUGAAGCUGCCUCCACAGAGAAAGGAAGUAAUAACAAAAGGAAAGAGAAAUAUUCACGCACAAGGAGGAACACAAAGUACAUGCUGGAAUUGGAAAACUUAACGUGGUCCUCACACAAUCCGCGGCACAACUGGGAAUUCAUCAAUGCUAGCUUCAAUAACCGCUCACUGUCUCCCUGGAUUUACAAGGAGGACACUGACGCCAACCGUUACCCUUCCACCAUCUUUAAAGCAGAAUGUGUGUACUCCCAGUGCCUGAGCAGCCGGGGGGUGCAGGAUCCGUCUCUCAACACCCACCUGGUCCACCAGGAGAUGAUCGUGCUGAAGAAGAGUAAGGGUCCUGAGCAUCGAAUCAUCUACCAUGCAGAGAAGAUGAUGGUCCCUGUGGCCUGUGUCUGUGUGCGCCCGGUGGUCACCACCAGCUAAAGGGACCUGAUUAACAUUGGGUAAAUCCAGAUGAAGCGGAGCUCAACCCAGUCAGUCUUUAUUAAUCUAAAGUAUCAGUUCAGAGUGAGGAAGGAAACCAUUGAAAUCGCAAACCGUCAGAAAGCCAGCUAUAUUGUUUUGAAGCACUAG